CCACUUAAUGAAUGGCGGCGUUACUGGAGCCUGCCCUCUUCAACGGCUUCUGCGCAACCUCCAACCCGUCUCCAUCCUUCAACGUCCGCCGCACGCCCCUGAAAUGGCACUCGAGACCCAUCGUCAUUCUCCAACCUCACCCUCCCCCUAAUCCCAUCUCCACCUCCUGCUGUUGCUCUCCCGAGAGCAGCACUUCGCCGCCACCGAUACCAGCGGAAGACGGCGGUCCUCAACCCUCAGCCUCUGAAACUAAUGCUCCAGCCGACCGCGCGAGAGAUAGGAGAAAAGCGGUCCGAGUCGCGUGGGAGAAGCUGGUCCGGUGGUCCAGGUCCUGGCGGUCCAAGGCCAAGACCGAUGUUCUUGAACGUACAAACAAGGUCGUGGUGCUUGGAGGUGGGUCCUUUGGUACUGCAAUGGCUGCCCACAUUGCGAGCAGAAAGGCUCAAAUGGAAGUUCAUAUGCUUGUAAGGGACCCGGUUGUUUGUCGAUCUAUCAAUGACAAUCACUGUAAUCACAAGUAUUUUCCAGAUCACGAGCUCCCAAAAAAUGUAGUUGCUACAACUGAUGCACAAACGGCUUUGCUUAAGGCGGACUAUUGUCUUCAUGCCGUACCUGUGCAGUUCAGCUCAGCCUUCCUUGAGGGUAUUGCAAGUUAUGUUGAUCCAGCCUUGCCCUUUAUAUCCCUGAGCAAAGGGUUGGAACUCAAUACAUUGAGGAUGAUGUCUCAAAUUAUUCCUCGAGCAUUGAGAAAUCCCCGACAACCAUUCAUAGCACUGUCGGGACCUUCUUUUGCUCUGGAACUGAUGAAUAAAUUACCAACAGCAAUGGUGGUGGCUACUAAGGACAAAAAACUAGCAAAUGCGGCUCAGCAGCUCCUUGCUUCUAGUUACCUAAGAAUUAAUACGUCAAGUGAUGUUACAGGGGUGGAAAUCGCAGGUGCUUUGAAGAAUGUUCUAGCAAUAGCAGCAGGAAUUGUGGACGGGAUGCAUCUCGGUAAUAAUUCAAUGGCAGCUCUAGUUGCCCAAGGUUGUUCUGAGAUAAGAUGGUUGGCGACAAAGAUGGGUGCAAAACCAACCACCAUUACUGGUCUUUCGGGAACUGGGGAUAUAAUGCUGACAUGCUUUGUAAAUCUCUCAAGAAAUAGAACGGUUGGAGUGCGUCUAGGAUCGGGUGAGAAGCUUGAGGAUAUACUUGGCUCUAUGAAUCAGGUGGCUGAAGGUGUCUCAACAGCCGGAGCCGUGAUUGCCUUGGCCCAGAAAUACAAUGUUAAAAUGCCUGUUUUGACAGCAGUUGCUCGUAUUAUUGACAACGAGCUGACCCCAAAGAAAGCUGUAUACGAGCUUAUGAAUCUUCCGCAGGUCGAAGAAGUAUAAAGGUGUCCGCACUCUCAAGUUUAUGAAAUGGCUCGGGAAGAUACAGAACCUUGCUUGCUCCUCGAAACUUUUCGCAUAGGAUUCUUUUUUUGCCAAUUUGUCGGUAUAGGAUGUCACCACAUACUCAAUUCUUUUUGCUUCUGAAUUCUGAUAGGUAAAUUCUUUUGCUAAUUGUGCAUCGCAUGACACAAUUUUUUGGGCUAAAUACAAAUGUAUCGGAGGACAAAUGCUGACAAUACAGCAAUAUUUUUACCUUUCAGCUACGCUUGAAUUUCUAUGA